AUGGAAAGUUCUCAGCAAAAACAAUGUCGUUCGACUAUCAUCGAGACCAUCGAAGCACCAUUACCACUAGUUUGGUCCAUACUUCGUCGUUUCGAUAAACCCCAAGCUUACAAACGUUUCGUGAAGAGUUGCACCAUUCGUUACGGUGGACACGACGGCGACGGAGGAGAAGGUUCCGUCCGAGACGUGACGUUAGUCUCCGGCCUUGCAGGGGAUUUCAGCACCGAGAGGCUUGAUGAGCUCGACGAGGAGUCUCAUGUGAUGGUCGUUAGUAUCAUUGGUGGGAACCAAAGGCUUGUUAAUUAUAGUUCGAAAACGAUGGUGGUUGCGUCGCCGGAGAAGGAUAACGAGGCGGAGAAGACGGUGGUGGUGGAGAGUUACGUUGUGGAUGUGCCCGAAGGAAAUAGUGAAGAAGAUACGAUUUUGUUUGCUGAUACAAUUAUUAGGUAUAAUCUUGCAUCACUUGCUAAGCUCACCAAGAAGAUGAUGCAUGGGGCUAUCUCUAUAUGA